AUGGCUACCAAAAUCCACCACAAAACAACCUUUGAAGCCGCGAAAACCAUCGAGCCAAUAUUCACCGGCGGUGAUGUUUCGCACGAUGCAAGCGGCUCUUACAUCGCAACUUGUGUCGAUGAAGACGCCCUUAUCGUCAAUAUCCAGACCGGCAAGGUGCUCUGCCGCAUCGAAGGAGAUGGAGAAGCUGUGACGAGUCUGUGUCUGGCUCCAGAUUUAUCCCAUUUGGUCAUAGCUUCACGGUCGCUUUCACUACGAAUCUUUUCGCUCAAGCCUCUAGAAGGAUCUGAAUUGAUCACCGCAGAGCUCACACGCACGUUGAAGCCACAUACCACUCCAGUUGUGUCAUCGGCUAUUGAUGCCACAGGAUCACUUCUGGCGACGGGAGGUGCCGAGGGCACAGUGAAAGUAUGGGAUCUCAGGGGCGGUUACAUCUCACAUACCUUCCAUGGCCACGGCGGUGUCGUCUCUGCCCUUCACUUCUUCCAAUCACAAUCAGCCAGUUCCUCAGAUUCCCAUACAAGCCGCAAGCGGAAGAGUCGUGGCGAAGCCCAAAUGGAGGUAGAUGAUCCAACCCCAGCUCGGACCAUCUAUGUUGCAUCUGGAGGCGAAGAUGGGAAAAUCCGCAUAUGGAAUCUAUCUACCCGAAAGUCCAGCGCGACCCUUGACUCUCAUGUCAGUGUUGUGCGGAGCCUGAAAUACUCCAAAGAGCAACAACUUCUCCUCUCCGCAAGCCGCGACCGGACAAUAAUUCUCUGGGACUCCCGAACGUGGAAACAGCAACGAGUCAUUCCAGCUCUGGAAGUGUUGGAAACGGCGGGGUUUCUCCUGGAUGGCCGGUUUUGCUAUGCUGGAGGAGAAUACGGCGCAGUCAGGAUCUGGAAUAUCACCACUGGCCGUGAACUCACUUCCAAGCCGAAACCCGGACUUGAGAAUGAUGCUAUCACAGCGAUCAUCCCGAUGAUCGAGGAUGAUACGAUACUAUCUGUCCACCAGGAUCAAACGAUGAAGUUACAGAGUAUUUCUGCUCUGCGCAACCUCCAGAUGUCAGAGACACUGGGGAGUUUACCUGUGAUUCGGACGAUUUCUGGAAACUACGAUGAAGUUAUUGACAUGGCCUGCGUCGGUCCUGACAGGUCUCUACUAGCACUUGCUACCAAUACGGAGAGUCUUAGAUUGAUUUCGAUCCAAGACAAUGGACAAUCAACGAAUUCAAGCGCCCCAGAAGGCGUCGAGCCAUUCGGAAACGACGUUGUCCUGCUCGAGGGCCACGAAGACAUAAUCAUCUGCUUGGAUGUCGAUUGGUCAGGCCACUGGGUCGCAACUGGUGCGAAGGAUAACACUGCAAGGCUGUGGAGACUAGACCCGGCCUCAUCGUCGUACGAAUGCUUUGCCGUUUUUGCUGGACAUGCAGAGUCCUUAGGGGCCAUUGCAUUGCCCAGAAGUCCACCAACGGACGGACCGUCCCUAAGGAGUCCUUCAACAUACCCUCCGGCAUUCCUUCUGACGGGCUCACAAGACAAGACAAUCAAAAAAUGGAACACUGCAAAACUCAAGUAUGACGAAUCAGCAACAGAACCACAUACUGGCAUCAAAGCCUUGUUCACUCGGGUCGCGCACGAAAAGGAUAUCAAUGCAAUGGACGUAUCUCCCAUCGCGCCGCUAUUUGCUUCAGCUUCUCAAGACCGCACCAUCAAGGUGUGGUCACUGGAAGACGGCUCUGUGACGGCCAUCCUGCGCGGCCACAAGCGAGGUGUCUGGUCUGUCCGCUUCUCUCCCGCAGGGACGCCUCCGCUUUCUCUGCCAGAUGGUGGUUCAAGUGGCGCUCGUGGCCUGCUUGUCAGUGGCUCAGGUGACCGGACAGUCAAAGUAUGGUCACUUUCGACCUACACCUGUCUUCAGACGUUCGAGGGCCACAGCAACUCGGUGUUGAAGGUUGUUUGGCUUCCGCCCAUCGAUUCCAACUCUAAGGACGAGGAUAUGGAAGAAGACGACCGUCCCUCGCAGGCCCAACCCAACAGUCAACCAUUAAUAGCAUCCGCAUCCUCAGACACACUCGUCAAAAUCUGGUCGCCAUACUCGACCGCUGACUCUGAUCAUCUCCUAACAACUCUUGACAACCACACCGAUCGUGUGUGGGCGCUGGUGGCUCCAAACUCGUAUCCGCGAAUACCACCUCCUUCGUCGUCUUCGAGCCAAAAACGCCGCACCAAGUCCCAACCCCAGCCCUAUCCCUACGCACUGAUAUCGGGUGCUGGCGACGCGACCUUGACGUUCUGGCGCGACACGACCCUCCAAACGACCUUACUGGCCUCUCAACGCGCGACCGAGCGGAUCGAGCAAGAUCAGCUCCUACAGAACCACAUCUUCAGCAAAAACUACCGCGAAGCCAUCACCCUGUCCCUGGCGCUGGGCCACCCCGGCCGACUCCUGCGCGUUUUCGAGGACGUGGUCAAUUCCUCCGAAUCCCGCGGCAAGUCAAGGACCUCGGGUAGUGACGAGCACGUUGACGACAGUAGUAACAGCAUCACAGGCUCGAAAGCCGUCGACGACGUCCUCGCCUCCCUGGACCGGACGCAACUCUGGCAAUUACUCGAGCACGUGCGGGAUUGGAACACCAACGCCCGCACGGCGCCCGUGGCCCAGAGGAUCCUCAACUGCCUGCUGCGGUCGUACCCGAAGGACGUGUUUGUCGACAUGGCGCGGGCGAGGAAGAAGAAAUUGGGCGGCGCCGUGGCCGGCGACCAACCUGAGACGAGGCAGAGACGCAAAGGAGGCGGGGACAUGCAGGACCUUCUGCGCGCGCUCGAGGUCUACACCGAGAGGCACUACAAGAGGAUGGACGACCUGGUCGACGAGAGUUACCUGAUUGAGUAUACGCUGCGGGAGAUGGAUGAGGUUGCGGGCGUCUCUACCGCCGGGGAUUUGAAUGGGUCGCUGCUCACCAACGGGCAUGAGGCGCAGAAUCAGAGAAUGGAUGGGGAUGUCAUCAUGGUAUGA